AUGGGCCGGUACGUGCCGCCCGAGCACGAGGGCACCGCGAGCGGCAACGCGCUGCACGGCAAGACGCGCCGCCUCGCCGCCCCCCCGACGGUGCGCUUCGAGAUGCCCUACGCUGCCUGGUGCGCCACCUGCCCGCGGCCGACCCUCAUCCCGCAGGGCACCCGCUUCAACGCCGAGAAGCGCCGCGCCGGCCGCUACCACACCACCCCCAUCUGGAGCUUCCGCUUCCGCCACGCCGUCUGCGGCGGCGCCGUCGAGAUGCGCACCGACCCGCAGAACACGGCGUACGUGGUCGUCUCUGGCGCCACGCGGCGCGACACGGGCGACGACAAGGAGGAAGAGGAGGAAGUGGAGGGCGGGGUGGCGAGGUUGACGGAGGCGCAGAGGGUGGAGCUCCGCGGAAACGCGUUUGCCAGCUUGGAACGCACGAUCGAGGACAGGGAGCGCCUGGUGAGGGGGGCGCAUCGCCUGGACGGGCUGGCGGACGCGGCGGACAGGCACUGGCGUGAUCCGUACGCGCGCAACCAGCAGCUGCGGAGGGCGUUCCGCAGGGGAAGGCAUGAGCGCGAGGCGAGUGCCAAGGAGACGGAGGCGCUGCAGGCGCGGAUGAGCCUCGGGAUGGACAUCUUGCCGGAGACGGCCGAGGAUGCGCGGCGCGCGCGGCUGGUGGACUUUGCAGCGGAGGGCGAGGAUGAAGGCGGGGAUGAUGGCGAGCCGGCGUUGUCGAAGCCGCUGUUUGAGACGCCGCCGCCAGUGAAGCAAGAGGGCGGGGAAAGGGGGAAGUGGAAGGGGAUGGGUCGGACCAAGGGAGCCCGGAAGAGGGUGCAGACGAGGGAGGCGUUUGCCACGCAGGUCGUGGGGAACACGAGGGCGGCCAAGGAUCCGUUCCUGCUCACCGGUACUGCGGGCACGAGGAGGGGCGUAGACGGCAAGGCUGCGGCCAAGAUACCGGGCAUCAAGCGGAAGAGGGUUGCGUUGGCCGCGCAGGUACCCGAGCCGCCGGGCACGAAUCUUCCAAGCGGUCCCGUCACCUCCAAGGCAGCAGCGCUGGUAGAAUACGACUCGGACUGA